AUGAUCGGAGAUGUCUCCCCGCCGGUAGCUUCAAUCCCAGAAUUUGAAGGAAAUGCGGAAGUGAGGAAGCAGAAGAAUCUGCUCCCGCCAUUGUCAGUUGUGGCGUCUCAUUUUGGCACAAGCGGAUUGUCCGUCGCAUUGGCCACCGGCGUGACUCAUCCUCUCGAUGUACUGAAAGUAAGAUUGCAGAUGCAGCAUGUUGGCCAUAAAGGGCCUUUAAUAGGAAUGACUGGAAUCUUUGUUCAACUGAUGAAGAAGGAAGGGCCUAGGUCUUUAUACUUGGGAUUGACUCCUGCUCUCACUAGAUCAGUACUUUACGGAGGUCUCAGAUUAGGACUAUACGAACCCACCAAGGUUUCUUUCGAUUGGGCAUUUGGUUCUACCAAUGUCUUGGUCAAGAUCGCAUCAGGCGCAAUCGCUGGAGCGUUUUCCACAGCACUAACCAACCCGGUUGAAGUUGUGAAGGUAAGGUUGCAGAUGAAUCCAAACGCAGUCCCCAUUGCAGAAGUGCGGGAGAUAGUCUCUAAAGAAGGCGUAGGAGCUUUAUGGAAAGGAGUUGGUCCUGCCAUGGUUAGAGCUGCAGCACUAACCGCCUCACAGCUUGCAACAUAUGAUGAAACCAAACGGAUUCUAGUAGAACGAACUUCUUUGGAAGAAGGAAUUCAUCUUCAUUUGUGCUCAAGUGUGGUUGCAGGUGUAGUAAGCACGAUGAUAACCGCACCUAUGGACAUGAUUAAAACCCGUUUGAUGUUGCAAGGAGAUUCCGAAAGCUCCAAAAUCUACAGAAACGGGUUUCAUUGUGGUUUUAAGGUUGUUCACAAAGAAGGACCGCUUGCACUUUACAAAGGAGGCUUUGCGAUUUUCGCACGGCUCGGACCACAAACGAUGAUCACGUUCGUACUUUGCGAGAAGCUAAGAUCACUAGCUGGACUUCACAAAAUGUAG